GUCAACACAAUCCUUCAAGUUAUCACCAAAAUCGCUUGUUGAUAUUCAAAACACCUAUUUUUAUUACAAAAUUUUAGAUAAGUAAUUUGAGUUUAACCAACAUUAAUAUGUUCCUCAUAACGUAAUUGCACUAAAUUUUGUUCACGCAGUGAAAUUAAGUCAGUUUGGGACUAUAGAAUUUAGAAUUCAAACAUGGACGAAUCACAUCAUCGCAGCAUAAUGGAUCAUUUAGAAAUGGGCACCAGCGGGCAUCACUUGCAGGAAGACUUAUCCAAGGGUGUCCUACGAACUAUUCAUAAUGUCGAGAAUGGAACGUUGCAUUUCAUUACAAUACCUCCGGCUUCGAACAGCCGCGAACAGGAAUACAUCGAAAGCUCCUUACUGGGUGCUGACCUGCUGUCCAGCCAUCUUCCAAACGGGAUGCUGGUCGAUUACAUUGGUAACACGGGUUCAUCUACUCCAAGCAAUCAAUACCACCAACAGACUACCAGCUUGUUGGAUCAUCACAACAGUAUCCAAACAUAUACAGCCGAGGACCUGCAAACAUUGGUUGAUGCCAGCAAUCUACAAACUUCAGACAACGAGAGGAAAUUGUUUUUACAAUUUGUUAAUAAACCAACCACGCAGAUAUCUCACGAAGCACCCGUGAUUGUUACGAAUCCUAAGGAUUUGUCUGCUGUUAGUUCGUUGACCGAACACGAUAAACUAUCCCAGUCAGCACACUCGCAACCCCAAUUGACUAGUGUCAAUCACAUGUCCGUUCCUGUGUCGGGGAACAGCUUCAUCCACUAUCAUCAUCAGGAUCAACUUCUGAGCACGACCCAUUCCAAUGUGGCCACAAAUUCAGCGUGGCAAAACCAAUCUUCGAUACGUCUGGACCAUCAUCCCCAUCAAAUAAUACAGAAUACUGCACAACUUCAGCAGCAACAAACACUGUCGCAGCCGCAUCAGACACAACAACAAUCGAACCAGCAGCAGCUCCUAUCGUCAAUCCACCCUAUGUUGCAGAACGAUUGCAAUCCGGCUAAAUUGUUUCACGUGUCUUCGUCAGCUCCGAUCAACAAUAACAUUUCCACUACCAAUCAAACAUGCAUUACAAUACCGCCGUUAGCUCCCAUCAAGCGAGUUGAAUCUCCAAAGCGAUACAUCACCUACCAAAUGGCUCCGCCGCAAACAUCCACCUUGGUAAGGCCGUCCUCUGAUAUCAUAUCAACCGAAGGAUUUCUUUCACGAGAGGACCUCAUUGAGUGCGAUCCCAGGUCUGACGAAGAUGAGGAUCAAGAACCCUCAGUUACAAAUGCCUCCAACAGUCACUUCAUGAACAAUUACCUUCCUCACAAGAAACGACUAGCCAAGACGCUCGGUGACCCUAAAACCACAAACCCUCCUGAUCAAUUCCUCAGAAAUUCCGUUAUUUCUAAUGACCACCAGAAUCUUCAAAGUGAUACCCCUGUCAAGGAAAAAUCAAAGCCUUUUGCCUGUCAACUGUGCAGUGAAUCGUUUGAUGAUCAGUUGAUUUUCUUCACACAUCUGAAGGGACACUAUGAACCAUCAGCAGACAGUCCCAGCAAUGAAGGAAAAAACACCGACCCGAAGAAGAAGCCGAAACUUCCACGGGUGAAACACACCAAAAAAUUGAAGAACGAUAAAUCUUCGAGGGUAGUGGUAGAUGAGGAAUCACGACGAACGUCAUUACAAGCUGAGAAUCAGACAGCUUUAGACUCGCAAGCAGCCAAUCCUGCAGACAACAGCGGUGGAGUCUAUCAACCGGCUCAGCUGAACACGGAUGUGAGCAUCAAUCACCAGCAACAGCCAUCAGUAUUGACUAGCUGUGCUGCAGACGCGGAUACAGCCGGAGAAUUCAGUGAAACGGAGGAUAUGUUGGAGGGUAUCCGAAACGUGGUGCAGAAAGUACAGGAUGUUGUGGAUACAGAUACGAACGAUGGACUGGGACUAACCGUUGUUGACCGUCAUCAUAAAAUUUUGCCAAGCAGUGCGAACACCAUUGACAAUAAAACAUGGUUUCAUCCCCAGCACCGACCAACACCAAUGCCAGCACAGUCUAACGCUCCGAAACCGGCUGAUUUCGGUAAUGCUUUGGACACUCAGGAAAUACACAUCAACACCGGCGGUGAUAACUUUGUACUUUUUCUCAACAAGGCCGAUUUUCAGGAGCAAGAUAUGUUGGAAAACUCCAAUAAUCAUCGAAUACCACAUCAGCAUAACACAGCUCGACAUGAACAACACAUACUGCCGUCCAGCCAUGACCCACCGACUUCCUACAUUCUGGAAGCAGACCAUUCCCUACAACCGACCAGCAUCGGCGAAUGCGACAUGAACAGUAUUCAAAUUCUCGAUCUCGGUUCAAACGACAUAGAAAACCACGAAAUAGCCAAACUAGUAGACUUCGAGCUCACCACACCGCCACACGUGAACGAUCUGCAUGGUGAUAAACUUUUCAAAGGCGGUCGUAAAACCAGCGUAGUCGUCAACAACGAGGCGGAGUUCGAUGACGAGCAUGGAACUGAUGAUUUUUAUUUAAAUAAUGAAGAAGCUAUCGGGGAGGAUGCUGUGAGUGAUUACCAGGAAGAACCGUUAGACAAUGGAAACCAGUUUGAGGCAGUGGGCAACGUUAACGAUGUAAGCGUGAUCACCGUUUCGUCAGCUCCACCGGGUAAGAAAAAAGGUCGCAAGAAAGCCAAUACUAACGGAAAUGAAGCAGACGAAACUGUAAACGACGGCGAUGGGUCGAAAAAAUCCAGCAAAAAGUACCCCUGUGCAGAGCCGGACUGUGAUAAGGUGUUCAAUUCGAAAACGGCUGUUCGAUAUCAUGAGCUGCAGCACAAGAAUGAAAGGCCCUUCAACUGCAGUGAGUGUCCGAAAAAUUUCUUCACAUCCAGCGCAUUGAAAGUGCACGAACGGUUACAUUCAGGCGAGAAACCCUACAAGUGCGACGAAUGUGGGCGAGCAUUCCGGCAGUGGGGCGACAUGAAAUAUCAUCAGUCCUCGAUUCACUCUAAUGAGAAAACGCAUCAAUGCGAAUUUUGCGGGAAAAAAUUCGCUCGCCGCUAUUCGUUAGUGCUGCAUCGGAAAAUCCAUCUUAACGAAAAGAAUCACGUAUGUGACAUCUGCAACAAAGCCUUCCGAGCCAGCUCGUAUCUGCAAUCUCACAGAAUGAUACACACAGGCGAGAAACCAUACUCGUGUACGUUCUGUGUGAAGAAGUUCCGAUGCGGAGGCGAUAUGAAGCGACACCUCAAGACUCACGAGCGAAGCAAAUCCGGGGUACCAAUCAGUACCAAGACGACAGUACAACUAGAUAAGGAAACGUCGCCAAACAAAGCAAACACUAAAGCAGCUAAAAGGCAACCAACGGAUGUGAUAGAUCUGACUAAAAUCAAAAAUGAAGGUAGCAAGAACUGGACGCAGCCAGUCAUCACGGUGCUCUCGAAGGAUAUCAACCACGCCGCAGGUGGGUCGGGCAGCAGGAUCAACAGUACUAACAGCGCAACUACCGGUCCAUUGACGUAUCUCACGCAGGUCGCUGGAGAUCAGUUACGAAAGCCGGAGGAAACCGUACUGAUAACGGACAUCACGCGAUGGUAGGUGCAUCCGUAAUGCAAUUCUGUACUUUGUAGUAAAUAUGGUUACUUCCAAAAUCUACUUUAGGAAUGUGUAUAUAAAAAUUAUGUUAGGUCAAGUAUUUUACUCUUUUUGAAUAAACCAACUGUGUAAGUACAAAAUGAA